CGGCCGCCGGUAUCAAAGGUCGGCGCAUCAUCAACACUAUUCAAACAAACAAAAACAAUAGAGAAACGGUCCACAUAAACCCACAACAUCAAUAAGCGGGCCCUUUGGGAAGUUACAAUUACUGCGGCUACAUUAUCUUAGCAUUAUGGAGAGUUGUUCUGCAGUGCCGGAUCGUGAGCGAAAGGUGGCACUGAUAACGGGGAUAACUGGCCAAGAUGGUUCCUAUUUGGCAGAGUUCUUGCUUGACAAAGGCUAUCAAGUGCAUGGGAUCAUACGACGAGCGAGCACGUUUAACACCUCGCGGAUCGAGCAUCUUUAUGCGGACCCCCAAACGCACCGCGAAGGCAAGAUGAAACUGCACUAUGGCGACAUGACCGACAGUAGCGCCUUGGUGAAGAUCAUUGCUGCAGUGAAGCCCACGGAAAUCUACAAUCUGGCCGCACAGAGCCACGUGAAGAUUUCAUUCGAUCUCAGCGAGUACACGGCGGAAGUGGAUGCCGUGGGCACGCUGCGGCUGCUGGAUGCGAUCCGGACGGUGGGUCUGGAGAAGGCGGUUCGGUUCUACCAAGCCUCUACCUCCGAACUGUACGGGAAAGUGGUUGAGACGCCGCAGAACGAGAAAACUCCGUUCUAUCCCCGUUCGCCGUAUGCGUGCGCCAAGAUGUACGGUUACUGGAUUGUGAUCAACUAUCGCGAGGCGUACGAUAUGUUUGCCUGCAACGGGAUUCUGUUCAAUCAUGAAUCGCCACGGCGCGGAGAAAACUUUGUGACCCGCAAGAUCACCCGAUCGGUCGCAAAGAUAUCGCUAGGACAGCAGGAAUGCCUAGAACUGGGUAAUCUCGAUUCCAAACGAGACUGGGGCCACGCGAAAGACUACGUGGAAGCGAUGUGGCUGAUGUUGCAGCAAGAGAAACCGGAAGACUUUGUCAUUGCCACCGGCGAGACACACUCGGUGCGCGAGUUCGUGGAGAAGGCCUUCGAGUACAUUGGCCGGGCGAUCGAGUGGCGUGGAUCGGGUGUGGACGAGGUUGGCAUCGAGAAGGGUACGGAAACGGUACGUGUGCGCAUCAAUCCCAAGUUUUUCCGACCGACGGAGGUCGAUUUGCUGCUCGGUGAUGCCAGCAAGGCCAAGCAACAGUUGGGCUGGACGCCGAAGGUAACAUUCCUACAGCUGAUCGCAGACAUGAUGGCGGCAGAUAUUGAGCUGAUGAAAAACAAUCCCAAAGCCUGAACGUGAGCAGGGCAUGCCAUUCCUAUUCCAACGCUUUGUACGGUCAGUAUUUGAUAAGAACUCGUCCUAUAGCUAGGAUGAGGAUACUACGGGUUUUGCCAUUGCCUAUGUGUAUCAGCUGUGUAUCGAGCGAUCGUGCGAUCAGAUUUUAGAAUUCAACAACCUAAGCUCAGCAAGGGAUUCCAAAAGAAAUAAACGUAAGUGGAAACUGCUCGCGCAAAACCCAAUACCAA